UUGCGCCAUGACUAACGGACGGUAGGAACUUCAUGGCCACCUUCCUAUUAUUUUUCUGGGUGUGGCAACUGUCCAGCUCGUCAUGAACGUUGUCAGUAUCAUGGAUAACGAAGUACAAAUACUAGAGAUGGUAUCUGAAGCCGAAAACCCAGAGAGUGAACACGAAGAAGGAGAAAUCAGCGAAGAUGACGAUGUUGACGGUGAGACGACGACGAGUAGCUGCUUCCCCCCUUCUCACCACCCUCACCACAACUACCCUCAACACUUCUCCUACUCUCCAGACUUUGCCCCAGAGAGGAGGUUACUCAAGAAGGGCUCACCCGUGACUUCUGAGGUUGUGAUCUAUGAUGAUCAUGGUCGCACUGCCAUUUUCACCAGUCCCAAGAAAAAGAAGAAGAAGAAUGUGCGAGAGCAUAGUAGUUACCCGCGGGCUCCUGAUGGAGCCAGAAGGUGGUCAAGAGAUGAGUCCAGUAAGUGGUGGGAGGAGAAGGAUGAAGGAAGUGGAAUGGUUCAAAAGGAAAUAGAUUUGGGUCGAAGAAGGCAGAGUGAAACUGCAGAACCAAGUGUCAAGAAAAAGAAAAAGAGUAAGUUAAAAGCAGGGAAGAAAUUGAGAGAGGAUGUGAUUGAGUUAGAAAAUGAUGCUUCUGAAGACUACCAAGUGCACAAGAAGGUGACUCAUGACCCUCCACACAGACACAGGAGCCCCAGCAGUACUAAUGAUAGUGAAACUCUAUCCUCUUCUGGUGAUGAUGAUGAGGAUGAUGAUUAUCAUGAUGAUAGUUCUUCAAAACCUUUAAGAAGCAGAGGGAAGGAGAACAAGCGGUCUCACACACUUAGUAAGAGUCACACAAGAUCUCCUCCACAUUUUGGUACCACAAAACCUACAUCACAGAGUUCUUCCAGUAAGCAACAACCAGCACCAGUUCAUAAAUCACAUUCAGAAAAGUCUUCUAGCAAACAUGUGUUGCCACAAAAAUCCACUCCAGCUAAGAAGAAGAAUCUAUAUAGGAAAUCUCCAUUGUCACACAGUUGCUAUAAAUCUUCCAAGGACCUGAAGAAAAGGAAAACAUCAUCCUUGCAGUCUCAAUACCGGUCCCAAGUAAAACCCAGUAAGACUAGUGUGAAAAGAAGUCACAAGAUAGAUGAUCUGACAUCAAUGCUUAAACUUAAUCAACCCUCCAAAGGGAAAACUCAUGACAUUGCUUUGAUGAAGGGCCAGAAACAGCCUCCACCAGGUAGCUUGGGAGAAAUGCUGUUGAAAAAAACAAUGAAGGGCAAGCUUAAAGUACGUCCAGAGGCUGGGGAGUCAGGUGGACUGAAAGUGAUUAAGGAGAAUGUAGAUACUAAGUCAAUGGAGGAAAAUAAGGGUGUAUCGGUACCUGUGGAAGACGUGUCGCCAGAAAUUGUAGUGCAGGAAUGUUACACUCUGGACCAGGAGGAUGAAGAUGAGUUGCAACUAAGGCUCAUUGCCCUUCAGUCGUCCCUCAAGGUUCUUAGUGGUGUGAGGAAAGAAGGUCAGCUGGAAAUGAUGGCAAGUGGGUCCUCAUUAACUGAAAAAUCCUCUCUCUUACAGGAGAAUAUACAAGGAAGAGGAGAAGGAUUUGAUCAAGAGUGCAUUAGCCUGUUGCAAUCAAGUGGAGAUAAGUUUCCCUUUAGUAGUACUUUAGAUAAUAGUGCACAGCAGCAAAAGUGGAAUGAGUCAUCUCAAAAUGUAACUGAAAUUUUGGAUUAUUUGAAUAAAAUACAAAAUGCUGAGAAAAGAAACUUUGGAUCAGAGGAUAACAGCUUGGGAGACGUUGAAGUUUCAUUAGAUGACUCGAGCCAGAGUUCUGUGAGGUCACUUACGACAACAUCAGAGAUUGUGAUGGAAUUUAUAGAUACAAACAAAAGCUAUAUGGAUGUCCAAGAGAGCAAUGGUCAUCUGAUUGGCAAUACAGAAGAACUGCAGAACGAAGUUAAAGAAUUGUCAGACUGUAACCAGGAUCCAGUUGACAUGGAUAUUUGUGACAGUUCACCAGGAGAGGAGGAAGAUGAGGACACAUUAGAUGAAGAAAUCAUACAAAAGGUGAAAGAGAGGGUCUGUUACAGUGUGGGAAGCCCUAUGGACACUGGAACAGCAGCCAUAAAAGAUUUUUUAAAUAGCUGUUCAAAUGAUAUAAAAGAGAACACUAGUCGUGGGUCGGAAAUGCCACCACAAAUUCCAGUUGAAUGGGCCUAUAUGAUGCCACCUCCCCCACCACCUGAUCAGCCAGCCAAUGAUCUCAGUAACAUAAACAAUUGGUGCUACGAUCAAAAUAUGUAUCUUCAAACUAUGCAAGCCCAAUACGAGUCUAAUAACUCUCAGUACAGCCACUAUGCUCUGCAGGAAACAAGCAGUGUAGACUGGACAGGGGGGCAGCAGUCUCAAAGUCCACAGUGGAAUUGCUCUGUUAAUGAGGAUCAUCAUACUGACUUGACAGUAAGUGAAGGUGUGGCACCUCCCUUGCCUUCAACUUCUCAAGAGUUUGAUACAAAUGAUAUCACUAAAGUAGAGAGUUUUGGUGUGACCUCUGAUGUGUCGGAAACCCAGAGGGACCUGAAAGACCUGCCAGCAGAGCAAUACCAAGCCUUCAUGUCAGUAGUGCUGAAGCAACAAACUGCGCAACCUAAACGCACCACCACAAAUGAUGUCCUUCAGAGGAACUUGAUUGAAGUUCCAUUAAUAAAAGAUGUUGGUAAUUGUUUAAAUCAUUUAGGCGAUACUCGGCAUCUCACAGCCGUAAAACAGGCUAGUGCACACCAAGGAAACAAUAUCCUGGUUACUAAGAGGAGUGAGGCAAAGAGAAGGAAAAGAAUAAAGACGAAGAUAAAAAAAAAAUUGAUAAAAAAAACAAAAAAUAAAGCUGCAGUAGCUAGAGAGUUGAAACAAGUGACUGAGGAAGUUAAUAACAAACAAAAGGUGGUAAAACAAACCAAAAAAGCUGCUGUAGCUAGAGAGUUGAGAUCAGUGACUAAGGAAGUUAAUAACGAACAAAUGGUGGAGUCUGUCCCGGAAGAUGAUGACGAAGAUCUGUUGCGUGCUAUUCUGCUGAUUGAUAUGACAAGAAAGAAACAGCAGAAGGAGGUAGUGUCAUCAGUGGAACAAGUACCAAUUACUGCAGAGGCUAGCAAGUUCACAGGAAUCCAGAAAAAUGUGGAUAAGCAGUUUGCUGGUGGAGUUAAGAAAAAAGGUGGUAGUUCACGUCUGCACAGCUUGCCUUUGUCAUCAGAUUCAUCCCCGGUAGCCAAAAUUCACUCUAAUCGAACAGCAUUGUUAAAGAAAGUGCACAAGCAACCUUCUAGGGUUAAGGAAGGUAGCCCAACACACAAGUUCAUGGUGGAUAUGCGACCAAGGCUAUCUGACAUUGGUGGUUUUGGUUUAGAUCCAAAAAGUAGCCGGUAUGAUUAUCCUAUUCCUCUUGACCAUCCCACCCACAACGAUGCGCCAAAGUUUAAAUUUCCACUCGUUAAGCCAGUUAUUAUCAACUUAAACUCUGAUUCUGAGGAUGAAACGGAAGAAAGCAAAGUGAUGAACCACCCGAGUAGCCAAGGCCCCAAGAAAGAAGCUGUGCCGGAAGCCACUACUAGUGGAACAUUUAGUUCCAGCAUUGAUCUUCUUUUAAAAAGCAUGCGCAAUGCUAAGCCCUUUGUUGAAGAUGGCAAAGACAUUCAGGAGAAACCAGGACCAUCUAGUAAAAGUUCACCCAGUAAUCCAUUGUUGAAGAGGUCAACAGUUGCUCACAAAGACUCAACUUCAAAUGUUGUUCGGCACUUGAGUCGAACUCAACAGGAAGAAUACCGGUGGCUAAAGGAGCAGCUGAGACAGAAAGAAUUACUCCAUAAAAGAAGACAGUUGCAACAACAGAAACCACCCAAUGCCAGGAGGACAAUAUCAGUUGUAUCUGGCAUCAACCAAUCUACCUUUAUUGGUGCUGAGAAUGCUGGUGAAAGCAUCAGAUCUCCCAGUUCAGGAGUUGCUAAUGCUAGUCAUGGGUUUAGUAAAUUUAGUGAAAGUCCUCCAAAGUCAGAUGUUGGAGCAUUAUCUGCUGCAAGUGGUAGUGGAGGAUUGACCUGCUCUAGAGAAGUGUGCUUGAAAGAAAUGGGAAGGUUGCAGAUUCAGCUAUCAAAUGUUGCUACUUGUAAUGACAGUAGUCUUAAAGCCAAAAUUGAUGAUUCUGGUGAGAAAAGGAAAGAUGAACAACAGUGUGAACUGAAAGAUGCUGCUGAAACAGGCGAGUCAUUCCAACAGAUGUCAAUGACAGAGGAUGAAGAUGAGGCGACUCUGAGGAUGAUGGUGCUGCAGACUCUGCAGCAAAAGAAGUUAUCAGGAAGAAAAACUUCUCAUGACGAUUUCCCCCAAAAUGUAGUAACUCCCAGUGAUAAGUAUGUUGCAGAAGAGAGUCCGUCUGAUUCUACACUGAAAUUGGUCAUUCGUCAGGAGAUUGAUGACAACACUGCAAGUAAAGCAAUAGAAGAAAGAGAAAAUCCACCACCUAGACUGCAAAGUAAUAGACGCAAGGUGAUUAUUGAAGAUGAUGUUGAUGAGACUAAGAACACUGGUAAACACAGGUGUAACAAUCAUGAGGAACAACAACUGGAUGAAGAAAUGGUUGGAGAAUGGAUGGUGUUGGAUGAGGUAAUUGGGGAGGAGAAUGAAGGGAAUGUUGGUGGUCACAGUAGUGACAAGGAGAAUGAACAGUCUCUUAAGCUUGAUAGUGCAACAAACAAGCCAGAGAAUGACAAAGGGGACAAGAUUAAGAAUGUUUUAGAUUGUUCCUUGACUACUGAAAACUUAGGUUGUACAUCAGUCAGAACCAGAGCUGGAAAGGCAUCAUAUAAGUCAGGUGAUUAUGAACAAAACCUGGAAGAAAACCGUGUUGAUGAUAAAGUCAGUGUGCAAUUUGGAGACCAAUCAGCAGAAGCUUUUCAUCAAGGUAAUGAUGACUUAGCAGAAGAAUUUGUCCGUAUGAAAGAUAAUUGUGUCACGAAGAUGCAAAGGGAAAAUAUUAAAUUAAAUGGUCAGACAGUAGAUAUGGAAGAGACACUGUGUAGUGGAGGUAAAAGUAAUGUGAUAGUACCCCCAAGUAAUUCCUCAAUUGAAAAGGAAGAGACCCAGAGACAAGAUGGUAUAAAGCUCUCAGAUGAGGAAGGUAAAGACUCUAGUUUAACAGAGGAGUCCACCAUGAGAAAUGUUAAGUGCUCCAUGAGCGAUGAACAGUGUAGCGUGCAUUCUGAAGAUGAUGUUCAAGGGACAAAACCGGCAGUAAGUAUUUUUACUGAAUCGAAAACUUGUAAGGAUAGCGAACCUGUUAAUGGUAAGGAGAAAGAUCAAUCUUUAGCAAAAUCUGGCCAACAUCUGCUGCUUGUACCUCCCUUAGAAAAGCCACAACUGUUAGUGUCAGAAAUAUUAAGUAAACAAGGACAAGAGGAGGCAAUGAAUACAAAGGAUUCCAAAAUGAACCCAAAUUCAGAGGAAAUUAGAGACAUUAUUCAGAAAGCAAGCCAGUCAGAACAAGGACUUGUUAGGGAUAAGAUUGAUGUGCAGGAAUCCAUCCCAAAGAAAUUUAUGACAAAACCCAAGGAACAGGAGAAAGGUUUGACAGGGGAAGCUCUAAGCACAAGCCUCACAAGAGCAACCAAAAUUAAUGUAUUGCAAAGGACAGAACCAAAUAUUAAAGCUGAAAUCAAUGCCUUGGUAAAAAUGGUUCAAGGAAAACAAUGCAAUCAGGUGAAUAAUUCUAAACCUGCCAAGACCAAGAGACUUCUGCUUUUAAAGAGAUUUGAACGUGAAUACAUUGAGAAGAGGCUUGGCUUGAAUAAAGUGAUAACCCAGCUGGGACCCCUGGUAGAAGAGGUAACAGUGGAGGAGCAGCAGAGGCAGUCACUUAGGAAGACCAUGAUGCAGAUGCGUGCACAGCUGAAGGCGAUGGAAAUGCAGCAUGAGACAAAAUCCAAUGCAUUAAAGACCAAGAUGGCACACAUAAGAGAGCUGCAGACACAGUUAACAAGUGACCGGCAGGCAAUAAGUGAAUUGAAACACAAGGCUGAGCUACUGGGUCGGCAGGAAGUUGGAAUUAGCUACAUUCUGCCCAAAGUCCAGGACUCCCCACAUUCCAAAACUAAAGAUAAGUUUAAAAAGAAGUUACUGGCCAGCAACAUCGAUGCUCUUCGCCAACAGAUGCGCGAAGUGUCAAACAGGAGCCGAGGCAGACUUCAAGUAGCUUUCCAUAAUGCAGAUAACCAGGGAACCAUUGGAAGAGGCAAAACACCUCAAGCAGAUGGUGAGAACGUUGGGAAAGGGUUUAACCUGAGACAAGAAACAGGUCCAUGGAAUCAACCUCUAGGCAGCCAUGUUAUUGCCACUAAAGGUAAUGUUAAAACUGCUGUAAAAAAUCUGUUCCAGGUCAGAAUUAAUGAAGACAAAUUGAUUCCGAGCGUUUCAAAAGGAAUCUCAAGCAAAACAACGAGUAAAGGUCCCUUGGUUGAUGUUGCAUCACUCAGAAACAAAAAUAACUUAAAACAUAAAUUAGAUCCAUCUAGUGACUGGGAAGUGACAAAAGCUGCCAAGAUUCAAGAUGGAGGAGACAACAACAACAUUUUCCAGCAGAGAACACCGGAAAGUGACUCUACUACUGCCGUUGGUCAGCGCCAGCAGAACGAACAAGCUGCCUCCAAAGUUAAAACAGCAUGUGAAAUAGAAGAUGGAGAGAAGCUUGAUGAGAUGAAUGAGCUGUGUCCCUACGAUUUGCUGGGCCGCUGCAAUGAUGACUCCUGCACAUACCAGCACUUUGCUCAGCCCAGGAAUGGAUCCCGCAGUAUGAUGAAACCUGCAGCAAGUCUUACAGCUAAGGCUGGAGAGCAGAAUUUGAGAAGUGGUCCAGAGACAGGGGUAGAGGCAGAUGCUGGUGGGACAGGAUCAGGACCAAACACUAGGACAGUUAGGAUGGGACCAGACACUGGGAUGGAUAGGGCGGCACCAGACACUGGGACGGAUAGGACAGAACCAGACACUGGGAUGAAUAGGAUGGGACUAGGCACUGGGAUGGGUAGGACAGAACUAGACUCUGGGUUGGAUAGGUUGGGACCAGACACUGGGUUGGUUAGGACGGCACCAAACACUGGGACAUAUGGGAUGGAAACAGACACUGGAACGAAUGGGACAGAUAGAACGGGACCAAACACAGGUAUGGAAGAGAUGGAGGCAGUCACUGCUGAGGAGACACCUGACCCCAAUCUUCUGCCUGCAGAUAUUAACAACAGUGGUUCUGGGGGUCCUGUGGGUGAUAAAUUCAUACCUUUGGAUUUCAGAAUUGAAGAUAAAUGUGCUCUCUCCAAAGAUGAUGGAAUGAAAUCCAGUGUUAUACAAAACUCGUAUGCAAGUACUUGUAGCACCUUACUUAAUAUUGUACACACCACCAUUGAUAAGAAUGAGGCUCUGACUAUGAGUGGUGUUGUGAAUAUACACAAGACAGAGAAGAGACCGAGAGCUAGUAAAGAGGAUGGUCCAUUAAAUAAUGUUGAUAAGAGCAUCUCCAGUGAGAAGACAGGUGAUGGCAUCAACUGCAAGAGAACUAGACUGAGCAGUAGAGAGCACACCACCACCAGUAUGUGUGGCACUGCAUCACCAAUUGUUGGGGAGGAGUUUGGAGUCAUAAGCAGUUGUCAUAAUUUCAGUCAAGAAUAUAAAAUUGUUACCCAUGAUUUGAACAGCAAAGCAUUAAUUUGCAUUGAUAAGCAUAUAGAGAGUAUGAUAGGUUUUAUUGAUAAAAUUUCUGAAGUGAGCACAAUCAACAAGUUGAAUAUGGAAACCUCUGCUGAUGAAGAUAAGGCUGGUCAACACAUGAAGACUGAAGAUGUAUACGUUGGUCAAAUGACAGAUGAUGUAGGAAGUAAAUGUAUUGAAUUAGGUGGUAUCACAGCCACUGCAGGUAUAGAGACUGUGUUGCAGGGCCAAGUCCAGCAGGAUGAUUCUCAAGAAAUGAUUAGCCAGGAAAGUCAUAAGCAGGACAGAAAAGGUCAAGAGAAUUCAAGUGGUGGAACACUCACACAUUACCAUAACUUGAACCAAAAAACUCUUACAUUGGAGAAGCCACUACAUGAACUUAACCAAGAUCAUCAGCUCCAGUCAGAUGAAGCUCAUUCAGAAGAAAUACUCACUAAAGUAAGUGAAGAGAAUGAAUCCAAAAUUACUAAUGCCUCAGUACAAAAAGACACUAUGAUCAACUGUGCUGCUGAAGAUGCAACUCGCACCGGGCGACCAAACACGCGUAAAAAAUCCCAAGUUGUCGACAGUGUGGCACUCGGUGAAGCUGUGUCAACCCGAUGUCGGAAACCAAAAGUAAGUAGAAGAGAAAACAGAAGAGGCAGAUCUAAGACUGUGGCAAUGAAGCUUCCCAAAGUUGGUCCAAAUGAAUGUGUUGAGAAUAGUGGUGCAAAUCGAUGUGGGUUGAAGAGGAAAGCCACACAAAAGAAAAAAAAUAAUAGACGAGGUUCAGCGAACAGAGGACGGAAAAAGUAGUUAAUUAUUUGUACUUAGACAUACUCAAAUAUGCAUUUAGUUCACAUUUGGAAAUUAAAUUCUCCUGCCAAGUUCGAUAAAGAGUAAGUUUUUAUAUAUAUAUAUAUAUAUAUAUAUAUAUAUACUCCAAAC